ACCACAUGAAGCAAUCAUCCCCCGAGAACCACCGAUUGUUCAAGAGAUUACAUCCGUUAUUCGAGAAUGGGGUUCCAUAUGGAAGCAGCUUUAUGUUGCUCGAGAACCAGAGUUUGAUGUUAUUCGCAACAUGAUGUAUGAACUUAUUGACUGGCGUCGAAAGAUCAUGUCUGGCACUUUGCCUGUGGAUGAACUUAAAGAACUAAAGCAGCGUGCUACUGCAAAAAUUGACAUGGGAAAUGCGUAUUUAGGGUUAGAUUUGGUUGUCAGAGACGAGCAUGGAAAUAUUUUAAAUCCUGAUAUCACAAGCUGUAUUGAUUUGUAUAGAGCCCAUGAAACUGCUACUCAAAGGAUCAAGUUGAUGGCAAAUAGUUCACUUGAUGAUGCCAAAAGUCAGAAGUUAUCUUCAAGGUAUGUUCAUAGUUUCUUUGUUACCGUCAAGAACUUUGUCUGCAGGAUUGGUGAAGAUGCAGAUUUACUCAUGACACUGUAUGAUGGCAAAGAAGGAAGGUGUAUUAGUGAGAAUUAUUUGUUAAAGUGGAGUAGAAAAGGUUUAGCGAAAGAUCUCGAUCAGCUUAAUAAUCUGAGAGUUCUAUUUACGGACUUGGGAAGUAAAGACCUUCUUCGAGAGAAAAUGUAUCUUAUAUGCCAGAUAAUAAGAAUUGGAUCUAUGGAAUUCAAAGAUCAGGAGCACAAAAGAUCUUCCCACAUGCAGCGAAAAUCAUCUGAAGGUUUGAGACGACCUUUUGGUGUAGCAGCAAUGGAAAUAACUGAUAUAAUGCAUGGAAAGGUCGAUGAAGAAAAGGAGUAUUUCAUUCCCUUUGUUCAAUGUAACGAACGAGAUUUCAUCGAUAAUUUACUGCGUAAAGUCUUGGCAUCCAAAGAAGUCACUCAGAAGGAGCAUAAAGGCCAGGGUCUGUGGGUGUGUUUGAAAUUAUUGCAUGGGGACAUCAGGCAAGUGAAAGAAGAAUAUCCUCAUCUGAUUACUCCAUCGACAGCUGUUGCUCGAAAGAUGGGAUUUCCUGAAGUGAUUUUACCAGGUGAUGUACGCAAUGACUUAUACUUAACUAUAUCACAUGGGGAAUUUACUAAAGGAGCCAAAUCAUCUGAUCGAAAUAUUGAAGUUUCCGUCAGAGCUGUAAAUGAAAAAGGCCAGUUAAUCAAAAAUGUGAUAAGUUUGGGCUGUGGCAUGGACACUAUUGAUGAGUACAAAAGUGUAAUUUAUUAUCAUGAAGAUAAACCCAAAUGGAUGGAAACAAUAAAGAUUGCAAUACCUAUUGAAGAGUUCUAUAAUGCUCAUUUGAAGUUUACCUUUAAACACAGAUCUUCAAAUGAUGCGAAAGACCGUGCUGAGAAAGCUUUUGCCAUAUCUUUUGUGAAACUUAUGCAAGAAAAUGGUACGACAUUAAAAGAUGAAAUGCAUGAAUUGCUAGUAUACAAGAUCGAUUAUAAACGGUUUGAUGAUAAUGAUGUCAGCUAUCUCAGUUUGCCAUCAACUCGUCAAGAGUUAGAAAAAUAUAUUUUAACUAAUUGUUCUAGUCCUGUCAAAGGUUCCUCCAGUCUGGUUUCUGCAAAUGGACUUUGUUUAAGCUCUAAGGACUGUUUCUAUAUAAGCUCUCUUGUAUGUUCAACUAAAUUAACUCAGAAUGUUGACCUCCUCGGUUUGUUGAAGUGGUGGUCAAACCCAGAAAGCUUAAGAAAUAAUCUAAAUUCUUUAAUGAAAGUAGAUGGGGAAGAAGUUGUGAAGUUCUUGCAGGAUACCUUAGAUGCAUUAUUCAAUAUCCUUAUGCAGAAUUCAGAUUCUGAGUUAUAUGACAAUUUGGUAUUUGAAGCAUUGAUUUUCAUUAUUGGUCUCAUAUCUGACAGAAAGUAUCAUCACUUCAGACCUAUCCUGGAUAUGUAUAUAAAGGAAAAUUUCAGUGCUACGUUAACUUAUAAUAAAUUAAUUGUUGUUUUGAAAUAUUAUGUGGAUAAUGCACUCCAGAAGGAUAUCCAAGAUACCCUUUUGCGUACUAUGAAAUCAAUAGAGUAUAUUUUCAAGUUCAUUGUGAGAUCACGACAACUGUUUUCUGCCCUAAAUGAAGAUAAAGGUCGUGAAAUGUUUGAACUUUCUCUUAAUCAGUUACUUCACUCUAUUACUGCCAUGAUGUUAUAUGAUACAGAUUCUACUCUUCUUGUUCAAGGUGCUUGCUUAAAAUAUUUUCCAUAUGCAAUACCAGAUAUACUAUCAGUUUUUGAUGGAAAAGAGCUAAGUAACAUCCUGGUAGAGCUGAUAAGCAAUGUUCCUAAAGAUCGUCUGACUAAACAGAAAAUGAUGUGUGUGAAUGACCUGGUGCACAGUGCUCUUUUUAAGAUACCUGAGUGUCGUCAUAUACUGCUUCCUAUGAUUUGUGCUCAAGUGCGACCCUUGUUAGAAAAUAAAGAUGAGAUGGAAUUGUGCAUUAAAAUCAUCAGUGACAUCAUGGUCACCCUUUACAAUCGAGGCAUUGGGGUUACCCACAAUGACAUAUCAGAACUUAUGCUGUCUAUCUUGAGAACUAUUAUACAGUGUGUUGUGCAUCUAGAGCGCAGUAAUCCGUUAGUGGGUAAUGUGGUGGCUACGAUGAUUUCAAUACUUCGCCAGAUGACUCCAUACCAUUACAAUCAGUAUAUAAGUAAUUUUAUUACCAAAACGGAUCUUCUCGACUUCAUCAUGGAAAUCCUUCUUGUGUUCAGGGAUUUAGUCAGCAAAGCUGUAUAUCCAACUGACUGGAAUGAAAUGAUAAUGUUGCAAAACAGUAUUAUCCUGAAAGCUUUGAGGCAUUUUUCCGUUACCAUUAGGGAUCGCUUCACAAAUCCUUUUGAAUACCAGGUUUGGAAUAAUUUUUUUCACUGUGCCAUAGCAUUUUUGACUCAAGAUGCACUUCAGUUGGAAAAUUUUUCUCAAAAUAAAAGGAAUAAAAUAAUUUUAAGGUACAAGGAUAUGAGAAGAGAAACUGGAUUUGAAAUAAGAGCAAUGUGGUUUAACUUGGGCCAGCAUCAGAUAAAUUUUGUUCCUGGAAUGGUGGGACCUUUUCUGGAAAUGACAUUGAUUCCUGAAGCAGAAUUGAGAAAGGCGACAAUUCCAAUAUUUUUUGACAUGAUGCAAUGUGAAUUCUACUCUCAGCGCUCUUCUACUAUGUCUCAUGCAGAUGAUUUCUACCUUUCAAAUAGAGAGAUUAAAUGUAACUUUGAUGAGUUUGAACAUGAAAUGAUAACAAAAUUAGAUAUGUUGAUUGAAGGAGGAAGAGGUGAUGAAGAAUAUAAAGAUUUCUUCUUGGAAAUAGUUGGAGGUCUUUGUGAAAAUCACCAAACUAUGCAUGAGAAAGGCAUGUUGUUUGUUAGAACAGUUGUAAGAUUGAUGAAAAGGCUGUUGGAGUAUAGAACUAUAGUCACUGAUGAAAACAAAGAAAAUCGCAUGAGCUGCACGGUUAAUCUGCUGGAAUUUUAUCAUGAAAUCAACAGGCAAGAAAUGUACAUCCGAUACCUCUACAAACUCUGUGAUCUUCAUCUGGAAUGUGAGAAUUACGUAGAAGCUGCUUUCACUCUCAAACUGCAUGCAAAAUUGUUGAGGUGGGGUGAAGAACCGUUAUCGCAGUUGUUAAAGAAUGACAAAUAUCCUAACUGCGAGACUCACAGAGAUCUUAAAGAAUGUUUGUAUUAUGACAUACUGGACUAUUUUGAUAAAGGAAAACUGUGGGAGCCUGGUCUUACAUUAUGCAAAGAAUUAGCCAUUCAGUACGAAAAUGAAGUGUUUGAUUAUAUUCAGUUGAGUGUAUUGCUCAAAAGAAUGGCAAUAUUUUAUGACAAUAUCAUGAAACAGGUUCGCCCCGAGCCCGAAUAUUUUCGCGUGGCAUAUUAUGGCCGUGGUUUCCCAACUUUUCUACAGAACAAAGUUUUUGUGUAUCGAGGAAAAGAGUAUGAACGCUUGAGUGAUUUUAGUAGUAGACUUCUAAAUCAGUAUCCAGCAGCCCAACUAAUGACAAAACUAGCUCCACCUGGUGAAGAUAUUACAGAAUCUAGCAAGCAGUACCUUCAGAUUAAUAAAGUCGAUCCCAUCAUGCACGAGCGAGAGCGGUUUCGAAAUAAGAGUGUCCACGACCAGAUAAUAAAGUACUACAAGGUCAAUGAGGUGCAGAAGUUCACAUAUUCUCGCCCGUUACGGCGCGGCGAGAAAGAUUCCGACAACGAAUUUGCAACAAUGUGGCUGGAAAGGACGAAUCUUGUCAUUUCAUACCCAUUGCCUGGUAUUCUUCACUGGUUUCCUGUCACCAAUUCCCAGUCAAUCGAAAUUAGUCCUCUCGAAAAUGCCAUUGAAACCAUGGAGAGCACCAACAAGAAAAUCUGUAGCUUAAUUAUGCAGCACAAGAGGGAUCCGAUGCUUCCAAUCAAUCCUCUGAGCAUGCUGCUGAAUGGUGUCGUGGAUGCAGCUGUAAUGGGUGGAAUUAUUAACUAUGAAAAAGCCUUUUUUACAGAAGACUAUGCUGCAAAACAUAAUACCCGGAAAGAUGCUGAAGGAAUACAAAAACUGAAAAAUCUAAUUGCGUGUCAGGUUCCUUUGUUAGAAGCUGGUAUUGCUAUACAUAGAGAAAAGGCUCCAGAUAAUCUGAAACCUUUUCAUCAGCACAUGGAGGAAGCAUUUCACAGGCUGCGUUCUAGCAUUGAAGAAAAAUACGGAAAACAAGAUCCUCCUCCUGAGUUACAAGAUCGAAUACCUGUAACUGUCAGACGGAUAAAAACUGUUUCCUCAAAAUCAAGCUCUAAGGAUGAAAGAUCAUCUGAUUUAUCAAACUUCACCUUAGAAUCGCCAAGAAAAAAUGUCCAGUCAAAUAUUAGCAUUUCGUCUACGCAGUCAUCAAAAAUUUCCCCAAGCAUUCGUGGCACCUCCAUCUUUAUCAAACCCAACUUGAAUUCCAAUUCCAAAAGCUCUGGAAGGAAGAGUCGGGAGGGAUCGACAGUCACUCUGCGCAGGAGCUCCGGUGCAUCUUAUGCAUCACAAAAUAAUGAAGCUCAUUCUCAGUCACAGUGGUAUGAUGUUUCUCCAGUCAAUUUGAAGCCUGAUGGCCCUGUGAUUGAAUUAAGUGAACAAUUAACUCCACAUCGCCCUUUACGCUCUGAAGCAGAUAAAAGGCAUAGUCGUCCCUCCAGUGGCCAGUUUCAACGUCGGACUCCAUCACCCACCCGGAUGAGUCGAUCUCCAAGUUCCUCAUUGUACUCUUUGUCAUUGCCAUCAACACCUUCUGCCAUGUCUCCUGUUUCAUUGACAGAUAUUGAUGCACCUGAAGAAAAACCACCUCCUUUACCACAAAAGCAGGCUUAUGCUGAUUAUACAAAUAUUUCAGAAGAUAUGCAAUUUAAUACUAUUUCCAGAAAGAAUUCAUUAAGCCUGUCUUUACGUACCAAGAAUAAGCCUCCACCUCCAUUACCUGUGAAGGAAGGGACUACAUCACCUCAACUGUCACAAUAUUCUGAAUCUGAUAGUGCACCAGAACUUCCUAUGAAACCGCAGCCAAAAACUUCAGAAGUUACAGAUAGUUGAUUGUAAUUUCUAGUCUUUUGCAUUUACAUUUUAUUCGUCAAAUUCAUGUUUCACUGACUGUGAUCACUUUUAUAGGAAAAAAGAAUUUUACUAUGUUUUUGUUAAGAGCAUUAGAUUUAUCUAACAUGCGAUAGAAAGUGGCAUUAUUUAAAUUAUUCAGUUUAAUAGUAUGGUAUAUUAACCAUUGAAAUAGUAUCGCAUGAAUAAGGUACCUGUUUUUUUAAAUUUAUGUAAUUUUAUUUCAAUGAAUCCCCCUUUUUAAUUAUUCCAUGAUUCUGAAACAAUCUCUCUGAACAAAUAACUGAAUAUCAGAAAUCAUUUUUUAAAUUACUGUGCAUUUAGUUUAUUGCUGAAAAUUUACAAGGUACAUAUCGAAAAUUUUCAAAUCAAAUAUAUUGAAGGUAAUCAAAUAUACAAUAAAUAUAAAUCAAAUAUAUAAAUUUUCAAAUCAACUAUAUAAAAAGGUCAAAUCAAAUACGUAGGCUAUUCAGAAAGUAAGGAACAUUUUGGAAUUAAAAAGAAACCAAGUACAAGAAAAAAAAAUAUUAUAUACAUCAGAAAGAACGAUUAAAAUUCUACUUUUCUACAUAGUCACCAAACAAAUUGAAGCACUUAUCAUAGCAGUGGACAAGCUUUGAAAUUCCUUUCAUGGAAUUCUGCCGCCUGUGAUCUCAGCCACUCAGUGACGCACACCUGCAGCUUCUUGUCGUCGUCAAAGCGCUGCGUUGCUAGCCAGUUCUUCAUUCUUGGAACAAGUGAAAACCACUAGGUGCAAGAUCGGGACUAUAGGGCGGAUGAGGGAAAACCUCCCACAUGAAUGAAUUAAGGAGUUCUUGAGUGCGGUUUGCCGUUUAAGGUCGGGCAUUGUCGUGCAAAAACAAAAUUUUGGACAUCAACUUUCCUCGGCACUUGUUUUGAACUGCUCUCCUAAGGUUGUGCAAAAUUUGAAAGUACCGCUCAGAGUUUAUUGUGGCACCUCGUUCGAGAAAAUCAAUCAGAAGCACACCUUGCCUAUCCCAAAACACAGUCGCCAUAAUCUUCUUUGGUGACAAGGUUUGCAAACAUGCCCCCACUGCAUGGACUGUAAUUUUGUCUCGAAUUCACGUGUUUCACCCAUGUCUGUCAUAGGCCUCCAGAAAUGUCAAAGCUGCCCCCAUUCGCUGACCUUUAUGGUGGUCUGUAAGCAAUUUCGGCACCCAUCUUGCACAAAAUUUGCAGUAGCCUAGCUUUUGUGUGACAAUUUCAAACAACAAAGUGCGUGAAACUUGUGGAAAACUAAGUGAAAGCUCUGUUAUUGUGAAAUGGCGGUUUUCACGAGUCUUUUCAUCAACUUUAGCAACCAGUCCGUCAGUCACAAUGCUAGGGCGUCCACUUUUCUCUUCAUAGUGAACCUUAGUUCGGCCAUUUUUAAAACUGAAUGCACCAUUUCUGGAUUGAACUUUCAUUCAUUACGUUGUUUCCGUACACUUCACUCACUUGCCAAUAAAAUUUCCAUAGGUUUUAGGUUUUUUGCCGGCAAAAGCAAACUGCACCGCACAACUGGCGGGAUUUUCAAUUGCAGCGCUCAUUUUAAAUUUGAAUGUAAAAAAAAGGGCAGCGUGGAAAUGUUCCCCCUGUGAUGGCUGUAUGCCGAGCAUGCAGAUACCAAAAUCAUUGAUCAGUGAUCGGCGAGCGCCUAGCGACGUCAGACGGGAACGUUCCUUACUUUUUGAAUAGCCCUCAUAUAUUGGGGCCAAUGUACCUUGUAAAUUAUAUAUAUAUAUAUAUAUAUUUGAUUUCAGAGAAAAAUAAUAUAUUUUAACUAAAUUCUGAAUCAGAUAGAUGUAUAAAAAAAGAAUUGAUGGCCAAUCUUAUAUAAAUGCAUUUUUAUAUGUAUCGUAUUAUUUUUACCACCAGUUUCAGCCAUUUAAUGAAUUGGUACUAAGAAUAAGAAAAGACUUUAAAUUUCUAAUUUGUUUUCUUUUUAUUGAUUCAUUUUGAGAGUCAUUUUACACAUUUUUAAAUUUUGUUUUAAAAGCAGCAUAAUUUAAUGUUUUUUAUUCAUGCAGUAUUUAGUGACAUUUAUGUAUAAUUAAGACAUGAGUGGCUUUAAAAAUAAGUUUCUAUUCUUAUAACAGUAAAGAUUACUUUUUAUUGUAUCAUACCUUUAUUAAAUGUUUCUCUUUCAUUUUUCUAAUUAGGCAUCUAAAGAAUUUAAUUCAUCUAUGUAAUUGAUUUGUGCGAGUUUGUACUGUUAUAAAAUUAUAUAAAUUUUUAUUGCUUUCACUAACAGGUAUAUAGUCAUUAAUUGACAUAACUUCUUAGAUGAUAAUAUGAAACAUUAUUACUGUAAUCCAACAUUACACAGUUAUAUCAACAUUCACUUUGUGAGUAAUGUAGUCAUGUCUGUUGUCUAUGACAAUCUGCUAAGGGAGCGUUUGAUGCCUUGCUUGUAAAUCUGCUGUAUUUUUGAGUUGAAGAAAUUAAUUAUCCAAAUAUCAAAACCAACUUCUCAGGGAAAACUUCUUGAAUAUGGUUAGAGAGACACAUGCAUGGUUAAAUUCUGAUUUUUGUUAUCAUCACUUAACCUAUGUGCACUCAUGCAUCCAAUUUCUGUACCUUACCAAAUGUCUGUCAUACACAAUGGUGUUAUUAGUUGAUAUACACAAUGGUGUUGAAUAGCCACAUUCCCUAAAUUGUUCUAGUUAGCAUUGCUUGACAGGAAUUCUUGUAAAUGAUAUUGAUGUAAGCUAUAUUGGUAAAAAAAAUUAGUCUUACUGAACGUGGAGCAUCGGAGAUUUAGGGGUAGUAAAAUUUAAUUUCCGUAGAAUUGAGAAAACUAUUUGCUUGUGUGAGUUGAGCCAUGGCACAAAUUGUUUUUUUAGCUCCUGCUGCACUUGAUCAAUGAUUAAAUUCAAAAAGCAAAAUGUGCUUCAUAUGAUCAGUUUUGUCCACUUGACACUGAAUCUUGAUUUCUGUGCAAAGUAAAUAAAAAUGUGCACAUAACUAGAAUACACUAUCUCUUUAUGAUUGCAGAAUUACAAAUUAAAGCAACAGUAAUGGGAUAAUUGACAGCAAACUCUUAGCAAUGUUGCAUUGAUAACCCAUAAAAAAGUUCUACAAAUGCUUGCACCAAACUAAUACAUAAUACUUACUGCACACAAGUUACUAUUUAAAUAUAUUAACUAUACCUAAAUCUUUGCAUUUAUGAGUUGGAAUUGCAUUGCAUUUGCAGUGUUGAGCGUUGUGUGUCAUCACUUCUGUGCUUCAUGUCCCACUUUUUCUUGCUCUAUAGCGCACAAAUACAUUUACCAAAAUAUUUUCUAAUGUUAAAUUUUCUAAUGUUAUUUUCUAAUGGAAAUAUUUGAGAUAUCACGCAAAAGUUAAUUCUUGUAUAAAAAGGAAGUUAUUACAAACUUGUUAGGAGUAUUAAAACAAUACUUAAUAAUUGAUAAUAAAUGCAACAAGAGUAGAUUGUUGAAGAUAUCUCAGCCACUGACAAAUAAAUUUCACCAAAUAUGUAGACUUCUAAGCUUUUAAAUAUUGUUUAAAUCUAUUGUUUAUUACAAAAGUAAAAUUAUACUACUGUUGAAUAUGUUCUUAAUUAUAUUAAUAAUUGAGCUUCAAUAAUAAUUGUCUAGAUUUUUUUAAUACAUGGAUAAGUUUAAAUGUAAACAUGAAUUCUGUUAUAGUCUGAAUAAAAACAGUAUUUUUUACUAACUUACUACAUUUUUUAUACUAAAAUGUUAUACAGUGUUUAUUCAGUAACAAGUAAUAAAGUUUUGUAACCAUCUUUUGCUAAAUGGCUGUGCUAUUCAGUUCGUUUCAUUUUAUAAUUUUAUCAUUUGAAUGAGUUAUUUGAAUAUGCAUCAUUUCUGAAUUGAUAAUGUUAAACUUGCCAAAAAUUCUAUCUACAGAUUACAGUAUUGAAUAUGAACAUUUUCUAUGUUGCAUAUUUUAUUUUUGUAUAUUGGAUUGUUGUUCACUGAUGUGCCUUUAGAUUUUUGUACAUAAAAAAUAUAUUUUAGCGAAUGAUUGUGUAUAAAUCAUAAAUUUUGAAUCUAUUGAAAAUGUAUAAAUGAAUCUAAGCAAAAUAAAGAAAAUAUGUAUGUCUUUUAA